AUGGCUUUCAAAGACACCGGGAAGACGCCCGUGGAGCCCGAGGUGGCCAUCCACCACCGCAUCCGGAUCACGCUCACCAGCCGCAACGUGAAGUCGCUGGAGAAGGUGUGUGCCGACCUGAUCAGAGGUGCCAAGGAGAAGAACCUGAAAGUGAAGGGGCUGGUGCGCAUGCCUACCAAGACCCUGAGGAUCAGUACGAGAAAAACACCUUGUGGUGAAGGCUCCAAGACAUGGGAUCGUUUCCAAAAGAGAAUCCACAAGCGCCUCAUUGACUUGCACAGCCCCUCCGAGAUAGUUAAGCAAAUCACGUCCAUCAGUAUUGAGCCGGGCGUGGAGGUUGAAGUCACCAUUGCAGAUGCCUAAGUCAACUGUUUUCAUAAAUUGACUAAAAAAAAAACCCACUUAGUCU